AUGAGCCACAAGACAACACCACCAGAGUCAGGUGAAAGCUCAAAGCUGUCGGGACAGGGAAGUGAUACUUUGACCUCUGCCUCAGGAGAGGAGCUGAGAGGUGACGUCCAGGGUCCAGAGACUGAGACAGACAACAUUAAACAGCUGCUAAACGAGUUCAGAGGACUUUAUGAGGAGAGGUUGAGAUGUCUGGAGCUGGACUCUACAGCAACAGGAGAGGAAUCAUUGCAGAAGAAAGUGGAUUUCCUGUGGUCUUAUGUGAAUGACCUCGCAGACCAGAACCAGGUGCUGCUUCAGACCAUUGAGGAUCUGCAAAAGGAGGGUGACCACAAGGUUUCCGAUUGGGGGACGAAGCUACGCACCUCUGAUCGUAAUUUUGACGUAUCUGAGGGUGAUCUGAGGACUUUGUUGCUGGAUGAGCUUGUUGGACCUGCGGCUCACAUCCCACACAGUCCUGGGUCCUUAGUCCAGAUCACAUCUGAGAUUGAAGACCUGAAAAUCCAGCUACAAACCAAGGACGUGGUCAUCUGUGAUCUGGAGAGGGAGCUCAGAGAGAGUUCUCAGCAAAAGCAAAAGACUGCAACACAGGUGCUGGAAAGCAGUGAGAGGCUGGCGCACCUGCAGAGCGAGCUCUCAUGUCUGCAGCGCAUCCGGAAAGACAACAUGAAGGAGGUUGCUGAGAAAGACAUCUGCAUCACCAAGCUGCGAGCCAACAUCGAGAUGCUGCAACAAGAGGGGGCCGACGCACGUGCUCAGCUCUCCAAGCUGGAUGUGAGAGCGAGGGAGCUUCAGGAGGAGCUGAAGAGAAAAGAGGAGGAAUGGAGGCAAAGGGAAGAGGAACGGAGGCUGGGAUGUGAAAAGGAGCAUCAGAGAGCAGAGGAGAGGAGAAGGCAGGAGCAGCAAAGGAGAGAGGUGGAGUGGAAGAGGGGGAUGGAGGAGGAGAGAAAGGCCCAUGCUCAAGCUGUUAAAAAGUGGGCUGAGAAGGCAGCUGUUUUGAACUCUGAGCUGACGGUCAGCAGGAAGCAGGUGGAGCGGCUGAGCAGGGAGCUGUCAGAGUCCCACCAGAAGGAGGAGACGCUUCUGUCUGAGGCCGAGGCCAAGAUGGUGUCUUUAAGGGCUGAGCUCAGCGCCUUGUUUGAGAGAAGGAUGGAGGAGAAGGAGGCGAGGAUUGACCAACUUACUGGAGAGCUGAGAGAAGCGAAACGAAAGAUGAAAGACAGAGAGGAGCAUGUGAGGCACCUGGACCAGGAUGUGGUUGGUCUGCGAGCCACACAGGACUCUCUGAAGGGAACCUUGGCCAUGAAGGAGAAACACACACAACAGCUGGUCCAAGACAACGCACAGCUCAAAGAAAGCCGGGCUUCACUGCAGAGCAAAUUACAAACAAGUGAGCGCAUGUUGAGCGACAUCAGUGAAACCCUGGAUCAGACCAAAACCAGCCUGGUCGCAGAGAGACAGCAGAGGCAGCAGAUCCAGGACCAGUUGCACCACGCCAACAAAAAGAUGGAGCAUCUGCAGCAGGAGAUAACACACGUGCGUCACACCGCUGAAAAGAAGGUUCAGAAGAGGGAGAUUAAGAUGUGCACACUGGUGAAGGAGCUCGCAGAGACUAAAAAGCAGCACUCUGAAUGUCAGAAAGAGUUGCUCCGACGAGAAGAGGCUACGGAGAAACUGCGCGGGGAGAGGGAUGAGCUGAGAGCCAAGAUGGAGGACGGGAACAGAGAGCUUGUCCACCUCAACCAGACCAAAGAGAGACUGGAGGCUGACUUGGCUCUGAGCCAUGAGAAACUCCACACCUCACACCUGGAGGUUCGGAGCAGAGAUCAGUUGAUUCUGCAGUUAAGAUCUGAGAUGAAGACAGCUGAACAGAAGCAUCAAAGGACACAGGAGCAGGUGGCAGCACUGGAGGGUGAGGUGAGACACUUGAAACACGCAGUUAGAGGACACCAGGAAGAGGCCCGUCAGUUUAGCGAGAAGGUCAGAGAUAUCGAGCGCCUUAAAGACCAGAAGGAGAAAGAACAGCAGCAGCUGCAUGAUCAGCUCCGUAUUGGUCAGCAACAGGUCGAGACAUUUGACGGGAAGCUGAAGAAGCAGGAGGUUGAGAUGGAACUUCUCCAUCAGCAGCUGAAAGUAGCCAAGGAGGAGCUGGAGGAUGCCAGUUUACAAGCCCAGGAGCAGAAAGAAACAGUAGCCAUAUUUAGACAAAAGUACACAGCAGCAAUAGAGAAGGUGCAUAGGGUGCAAGGGCAGGUGGAGCUUUUGGAAGAGGAGCUACAGUAUUCACAGCAGCAGCUAAGAGAGUCCCGGUUAGCAACACAUUCAGUGAAGGAAGACCUAGCUGAGAUGGAGCAGCGCUACCAGGAAAAGGUUGGCCAGUGGGAGAACUCGCAGGAGGCUCUCGACCAGUUGACGGAUGAGCUCCAAACCAGUCAGAAUCUACUGAGGGAGAGUCAGCAGAAAGUGGACCAUAUGAAGGGCCUGGUCGGAUCCCUGCAGGAGCAAGUGGACACACUCAAACAGCAGAAAUUGAUGUUGGAGUGUGACCUACAGCUCUAUCAAAAGAGCCAUUCUUAUUCUGAUGAGGAAUACCUCAGCCUGCUAAGACAUAGACAGCAGCUACAAAAGCGCUGCACCGAGCAGGUUGAGCGCCUUGCGGAGUGUGAAAAGGCUAUUCUUCAGAUGAAGUCAGAGCUGGAGAGACAAGCCCGGGAAAAAGCAGGUCUGAAGCAAAGUCUUGUUGCGUCCCGUCACACACACAUGAGUGAUCGCAGCCAGCUGGAACAGGAAGCAAUGCAUCUGAAAAAGGAAGUUACACGCUUAGAAGUCGAGCUGGCGGACACCCAAAAGGUACAUGUGGCACUUCUCAGACAGUCAGAAGAGGAGCUGAAGGAGGCCAGACGAGAGGCAGCGAGGAGAGGCGGCGAGGUGGAUGCGCACAGAGGAGAGGUGCAGAGACUUGAGGAAGAGUUGCAGCAGGGGGAGGAGAAGAUGAGGAGUGCCAUCAGAGAGAAGCAGAGUCUGAGCAAUCACGUCAGGCAGCUGAGCCAAGAGCUGGAGGAGCUACGCAACAGGCACAAAGUGACAGUGGAGGAGUUGGCAGCCCGUGCAGAGGAGGCGAGGCGGAUGGAGGGGUGCCUGAAUGAGGGAAAGCUAGCAGAGGGGAAAAUAAGGUCAAUGGCUGCGAGGCUGGAGACAGAGGUGGCAGAGCUCAGGAGGAAUCUUCAGCAGGCUGUCGAUCACAAACUCAAGGCAGAGCGAGAGAAACGGGAUGCACAGGAUCAGGUGGACACACUGCGGUCAGAGCUGGAGGGGACCCGGUCUGACAAUGCAAACCUUCGCCAUGAGAGCCAGCUGGUCAUGACUAAUGUCAACCGUUGGAUAACUGAACAGAAAGCUUCCAGUGAGAGCCUCGCUGCCCAGAUGAAGGCCCAAAACAAAGUGCUGCUCAUCAUCACCGAAGAGAAGGAACAUCUCCAGGACGCUAAUGACACAUUGAAGGCGGAGGUAAAGAGACUAAAAGAUGUGGCGGAUGAGAAGGAGAGAGAUGCGGAGCACUUCAAGGCCCGGAUCCAAGACCAGGACAUCCAGCGAGACGAGAGAACGAUGGAAAAGCAGAGUUGUAUGGCUCUAAACCUCAGCAAAAUCGAGGACAUGCAGACCAGACUGCGACGCAACCUGGAGGCCAUCGGAAUGCUAAAUCAACAAUUGAACUCCCUGAGCAGGGAGAAUAAGCGGUUGCGUAGGCAGCUGGAGGAGGAGAGGUCCAUGCGUCCUCCUCCCACAUCCCAGCAGUGCUCCUCCGUCCACCUCCCCCUCUCCCUCAGUGCCCGCCCACCUCCUCCCUCCACCUCCCUACCCUCAUCCCUCCGCCUCCCUUAUCCCCUGAGCCUGGACCCAGCGACAGGGGACACCCACGACAGGAUUCUAACCCAAACCAAGGUGAGCAGAGCCAGGCUGGGGAGACCAGGUGAGUCCGAGGCUUUGGGUGAAGCGUUCUGGAUUAGGCCUACCACCUCUCUGGAAGAUGCUCGGUCUGGGAGGACAAACCGGGAUCUGAACAAAUGAAGCCCCCUGAAGACUUUGACCUGUCAUGACUUCUUGACCCCCAGCUCCUCACCAGGGAGUGCACUCAGUAUGAGGUUAAUGUCCUGCAGGUCAAAGUCAAGUCCCAGGGUGCUUUUUGCCCGAGGGCGGCUCCAGAAGCAGCGAAUGAUGGAAUUCCCUCAAAUCAUCAAAAAUCAACUGUCGAGUACUGUGCCAUGAAGAGAUUUAUUCCAAGAACACAUAUUUUUUUUACAGAUUUAAAAUCUGACACUUAACAUAAAAAAGCAAUUGACUGCAUCCUGCUCUGAGCAGUGGUAGCUUAUAACAUUAGCAAAUACUUCCUCAAAUAAUGAUCUUGUUUUGCAAGAAGACUGUAGUACUAAGCACUAAAAUAUUUUUUGCCUGCACUUAUUUAAAAAUUCCGACAUUUCGGAUGAGCUAUAAUCAAUUUCACUCAACUUAAAUAGGCAAAUGAGCUAAACAGAACAAGUGACUAACUGCAAAUUCUUUAGUGUUGAUGAAUGUGUCUCACACUGCACAAGAGAGAGUUGUGCGUUGGAUAAAUGAGGGAUGGCACAUCAUCAGUAUCCACAGACAUACCUCAGAUGUGGAUGUGGACGGCUGUAACACAGUCUCUGAUUACGCCGCAGCUGUGCGCCAUGUGUCCUGCAUCUACUGCGGUGACUGUGGCCGUGUGUCUCUAUGUGCGAGUACAUUAUGUGUCUGCGUGCUUCUGUCUCUGUGUAAGUGCCUGCGGGUGAGCGUGUGCUCGUGUGUGAUUGAGUAUAUUAGAUGUUUAUUGUCGUAGAUGUUGUUUUAUAUUUUGUUUUAUACUUUAAAAACUAUUUAUUGAUUUCUCUCUGUUGCUGUUUUCGAGCCCCCGCGUUGUAAAGACGGGAAAAAUAAAAACAGAUGCAUUUGUAAGUGGUCGUA